CUUUGCUAACUACCGCAAGUGAAGCUGCUGUCGCUAUAAUGUCUGGAAGAGGCAAACAGGGAGGCAAAGCUCGUGCCAAGGCCAAGACCCGCUCCUCGCGGGCCGGGCUCCAGUUCCCGGUGGGUCGAGUGCACCGCCUGCUCCGCAAGGGCAACUAUGCCGAGCGGGUCGGCGCCGGCGCGCCCGUGUACCUGGCGGCGGUGCUGGAGUACCUGACGGCCGAGAUCCUGGAGCUGGCGGGCAACGCGGCCCGCGACAACAAGAAGACGCGCAUCAUCCCGCGCCACUUGCAGCUGGCCAUCCGCAACGACGAGGAGCUCAACAAGCUGCUGGGCAAGGUCACUAUCGCUCAGGGCGGUGUCUUGCCCAACAUCCAAGCGGUGCUGCUGCCCAAGAAGACUGAGAGCCACCACAAAGCCAAAUGAGGGAUGAGGUCAGAAAAAGCUAGGAAACAAAGGCUCUUUUCAGAGCCACUUA